AAUGCAAGUGUCAAGAAAUGUUUACAUUCUAAAAAGCCAUAUUUCCCUCAAGAACCACAGGUUCUAACAAGGUUCUAACAUCCUUUUAAGAGUAUUUUUAAGAGUGUAUAGUACAUGAUUUUUUAUGUUUGUCCUUUCCCUCCUGAAGGUAAAGGUGUGUCCGUGAGAGGUUGACCACAGGAAUGUGAGCUGCGGUGGGAGUGCACAUGGAGGUUCUGUGCCUGUAUAGGUAAAGAUGACUCUGCUGGCAGGCGACGGCUCAGACUAUGACUACAGUGCUCUGAGCUGUGCCUCCGAUGCCUCCCUCCUCCUUCCUCAACCCCCGCCCCUGUCAGAGCAAGAGGCCCUCAAGGGGGCCUACUACAAACGGGCCCAACUUCUACCUGAGGACCCAGACCACCUCCUCACCAACUCCUCGCUCUCCGCUGCCCGUAAACUCCAUGCCAUUAUCAAUGUUGGCGGGCUGCGUUAUCAAUUACCCUGGACCACCUUGGAGGACUUCCCCCUGUCCCGACUUGGCCAGCUGCGCCUCUGCAGCAGCUUUGACGAGAUCAUGUGCGUCUGCGACGAUUAUGACAUUGCCAGCAACGAGUACUUCUUCGAUCGUUCGCCCUGUGCCUUCCGCACCAUCCUGACCUUCCUGCGGGCCGGGAAGCUGCGAUCCCUCAGGGAGAUGUGUGCCCUCUCCUUCAGGGAGGAGCUGCUCUACUGGGGGGUCCCUGAGGAGAACCUAGAAUGGUGCUGCCGCCGCCGCCUCAUCCAGCGGGUGGAGGAGUGUGACGAGCUGGAGCGGGCAGCCCAGGAGGACGAGGAGGAGGAGCUGAUGAUGGACACCGAAAGCGGGCACCGCAGAGGCAGCGCCGCCCGGGCUACGGAGACCCGGAUGGGACAUUAUAUGAACAAGCUGAGAGACAUGGUGGAGAGGCCUCACUCAGGCCUGCCAGGGAAGAUCUUUGCCUGUUUGUCGGUGCUGUUUGUCACCAUCACGGCUGUCAACCUGUCCAUCAGCACCAUGCCGGCCAUGAGAGAGGAGGAGGAGCAGGGCAAGUGCUCCCAGAUGUGCUACAACAUCUUCAUAGUGGAGACGGUGUGUGUGGGCUGGUUCUCCCUUGAGUUCACCCUGCGCUUCAUCCAGGACCGGGACAAACUUGCCUUCCUGAGACGACCUCUGAACCUCAUAGACGUGGUGGCAAUCCUGCCCUACUACAUCACCCUAGUAGUGGACAGCUACCAGGGGGAGAAGAAGCUGGGAUCGGGCAGCAGUUACCUUGACAAGGUGGGUCUGGUGCUCCGGAUCCUCCGUGCCCUGAGGAUUCUGUACGUGAUGCGACUGGCCCGCCAUUCAUUGGGCCUGCAGACUCUGGGGCUUACUGCACGGCGCUGCACGCGGGAGUUCGGAUUACUCCUCCUCUUCCUCUGCGUGGCCAUUGCCCUCUUCUCCCCGCUGCUCUACCUCAUUGAGAACGAGAUGGCUACGACCCACGAGUUCAGCAGUAUCCCCGCCACCUACUGGUGGGCCGUCAUUACCAUGACGACAGUGGGCUACGGGGACAUGGUUCCGAGGAGCAUCCCGGGUCAGGUGGUGGCUCUGAGCAGUAUCCUGAGCGGGAUUCUUCUCAUGGCGUUCCCAGUCACCUCCAUCUUCCAUACAUUCUCUCGGUCCUAUGUGGAGCUGAAGCAGGAGCAGCAGAGGCUACUGCAAAGACGGACACACUUCCUGUUACGCAGGAGGAUAGGCGGGCUGGGGAGUAACAUGUCGCUGGAGAGUGACUACCCCAGCUGUGGUUCCUCUGGGGCCAGGGACAACUGAGUAGGAGGAGGUGGAGGAGGAGGGAUGAUUAAAGGGCACAGCACACAAAGAAAAUGAGAGAAAAAAGGGGUUAGAACUUGGCAACUUCAUCUGUGAACAGGGAACCAAAUGACUGAGGAGAAUGAGAGAAGACGCAAAGCACAGACUAUAGACAAAGAGACUAUAGACAGAGAGACAAACUGAGAGUGAUGAAAUAGGGGUUAAGUAAGAUUACCUGGCAAUGCUCUGCUUCCAUUUUAUGAGUUUAUUAUUCUUCAAUGGAUGACGUCAUCUCUGCCUACAGCAUUAUGAUUUAACAGAUGCGGGAAAUGUUCCCAGAAAUCAGAAGAUCUGCACAAUAGCAGAAAGAAGAUUAUAAUAAACCAUUUUAGAUGAUUGACAUAACUGUACAUCAUAUUCCAUAAAGUAAUUUAUCAAAAAUAACAUGGACGUACAGUAUAGGCUACAUGUAAUAUGUGAUCGAUUUCUUAUUCAUUUUUGUGUCUCAAUUGUAAAGUGUGAGUCCAUAACCAUAUUUCUUAAGAGUUACUUGUAUUGGAGGUGUAUUGGUGCUCAGCACUGGGUUGCAAUUUUCUGUAUAAAACAAUGAAGGAAUGUGUAUCUGUACGUAGUUAUUAUGUGCUCCGUCUCUCACAAAUGUAUUUCUAAAACCUAGUAAUUUGUGUGUAAAAAAAAUGGUACGUUUGUUUUAUUUUUUGCUAUUGAUUGCUAAAUGUUUUGAGCUUAUUUUUCUCUUUAAAGUUUAACUGAACUUAGUCUGAUCUGCCUCAUGAUUGCUUGGACUUAUUUGUAAUUUACUGACUUUUCUGCUAUUUCCUAACCAUUUAUAUGUCUAUUUUCAAAACACAGCAAAUUAAAUCAAAUCAAAUCUAAUUUGUCACAUGCGCUUAAUACAACAGCUGUAGACUUUACCAUGAAAUGCUUACCUACGAGCCCUUUAAGAACAAUGCAUUAUUAAAAAUUAAGAAACAUUUUCUUAAUGAAAAAAGAAAAUAGUAACACAAUAAAAUAACAAUAACGAGGCUAUAUAAAAGGAGUACUGGGUCAAUGUUCAGGGGGUAUGAGGUCGUUGAGGAAAUUGAGAUCAUAUGUACGUGUAGGUAACAGUUAAAGUGUCUAGGCAAUCAGAAUAGAUAAUAAUAGGUAGCAGCAGCGUAUAUGUAGAGGGUGAAAGUGUGUCUAUGUGUGUGUAUGUGUAUGUGUGUGUUGGUGUGUCAGUGUAGCAUGUGUUAGUGUGUCGGUAGGGUCCAGUGAGUAUGCAUAGAGCCUGUGCAAGAGAGGCAGUGCAAAACAAAGGGAAUCAAUGCAAAUACACCGGGUAGCCACUUGAUUAAAUGUUCAGAAGUCGCAUGGCUUGAGGGUAGAAGCUGUUCAGGAGCCAUUUGGUCCCAGACUUUGCGUUCUGGUACCGCUUGCAGUGUGGUAGCAGACAGAACAGUCCAUGACUUUGGUAGCUGGAGUAUUUGGCAAUUUUUUUGGGCCUUCCUCUGACACCGCCUGGUAUAGAGGUCCUGGAUGGCAGGGAGCUUGGCCCCAGUGAUGAACU